AUGUCCCUCUUGUUUCAACGACUGCAUUCUCUUUUUGAAGAAUCGAGUGGAAUGAUGGAAUUGACAAAACUGAAGGAUAAAGUCCAAGAAGCAUCUGGACAUUUCGACGAGGCCACCAACAUGGUGCAACAGUGCCGUGAGACUGUGGCAGAAGCUCAGACUGCUCAUGAUCAAGCUCACAAGAAACACGUGAGUCUACUGAUGCGACGAGAAGAAUGGAGUGCCGAAGACGCUCAGGAUUUUGUACAAAUGACGGCAGUGGAGGUCACGACACGACAAGCACUCUUGAAUGCCCAGAAUUCCCUCAAACAGGCCGAACAAAGGGCCGUGCAAUGCCAGCACUCCUACAUGGACAUCAUGAGACAACGAUAUCACGAGGAACAAAUGUGGCAAGAUAAAUGGAGACUGUUGGGAACCUAUGGAACUUGGUCACUCAUUGCCAUCAAUACCAUGGUAUUCGUUGUGGGACAGUAUUUUACACAAGCAAGAGAAAUGAAGCGACUAAAGCAUAUGGAAGAAUUGUUGCUCCUCAAUAAGAGCCAAAACCCAAGUGAUCCAACAAUAACACCAGAAGAGAAGAAGGCAGAUAGUAGUCUACUUGUCGAGCCAUCUGUUGAAUCGGACCAAGUUGCAAAAGAAAGCAAAGAUACCGCUGACACCGUGGACCAUACUAGUACACAGCAACAAACAAUUCCAGUUUCCUCCAGGCGAGGACUUGAUGACGACGUGACGGUGGAAUUGUUUGGACUUUCUCUCCACACGCCAUCGCUGGCGCUAGGUGCCGCCGUCAGUGCAUCCCUCCUUAUCGUCGUGUCUUUGUUUAGUCGAAGAUGA